AUGGACCAGCUACGUUUUGACGGUCGUGUUGCGGUGGUGACCGGAGCCGGUGGUGGUCUUGGCAAGGCCUAUGCCCUCCUCCUGGCAUCAAGAGGUGCCAAGGUCGUGGUCAACGACCUCGGUGGUGCCCGCGAUGGAGUUGGAAAAUCAAACUUUGCUGACGCUGUUGUGAAAGAAAUCAAGGACAAAGGUGGUAUCGCUGUAGCAGAUUACAACAAUGUCGUGGAAGGCGAGAAGAUUAUUCAGACCGCCAUAGAUAACUUUGGUAGGAUUGAUAUCCUUAUCAACAACGCUGGUAUUCUUCGCGAUAGGAGCUUCACAAAAAUGUCCGACCAGGACUGGGACCUCAUCCACCUGGUCCACUUGAAAGGUGCAUUCAAGACCACUCACGCUGCAUGGGAGCACUUCAGGAAACAGAAGUACGGUCGUGUCAUCAUGACCUCGAGUAACGCCGGUAUCUUCGGAAACUUUGGACAGGCUAACUACAGUGCUGCAAAAAUGGGUCUGGUCGGUUUGACCAACACCCUGGCUAUCGAGGGCGCUAAGUACAACAUUAAGGUCAACACCCUCGUGCCCACUGCUGCCUCUCGUCUCACUGAAGACAUCUUGCCCCCAGAAAUGUUCGAGGCGAUGAAACCUGAUCUCAUUGCGCCCGUUGUUGCCUACAUGUCCCACGAGUCUUUCCCUGACACUGGAGCGGUCAUUGACUCCACCCUCGGAUACGCCACCAAGAUGCAUUACGUCAGAGGACCUGGUGUUGUGUUGAAGAAGAAGCCAUCCGACCCAGUGACAAUUGAGUCAGUCAAGGAGUUCUGGCCUCAGGCCAUGGACAUGAAGAAUGCCUUCCACUUGGAUAAGAUGGCUGAAGUUACCGUGGAUCUGGUUGAAAGGAUUCAGGACUUUGAAGAGCGCUCCAAGUUGGACCCUGACGGCAAAUCGUACUGGUCUUCUUACACCUAUAACUCUAAGGAUCUUGCCCUAUAUGCUCUUGGAAUCGGAGCUUCAGUAUUAAACGAGGGAGAUCUGAAGUUCUUGUAUGAAAGUCAUGAGAACUUCGCUGGUCUGCCAACCUUCUUCAUCCUGCCCGGUAUGGCCAUCGAGUCUCCCCUAGUCGCCAACUCUAUGCCACCCGGCAAGUUCGCCGACUUUACUAACAUUCUUCACGGAGAACAGUUCAUCGAGUUCGUGGACGAGUUCCCCGGCACUGAGGGUGACUUCAAGAUCCGCAGCUACUCCGUCGACACUCUGGACAAGGGAUCCAGCGCCAUCUCCAUUGUUAACAGCGAAAUCUACCAGAACAAAAAGCUGGUCGCCCGCACUCAGCAACAUAUCUUCGUGCUCGGCCAGGGUGGGUUCAAUGGUCCCCGCAACAGUAAGGGCGCCGUGGAAGUCCAGCCCGCACCCAAGAGGGCCCCUGAUGCCGUCGUCGAGCAGCGCACUGCUGAGGACCAGGCUGCUUUGUACAGGUUGGCUGGUGACUUGAACCCCCUGCACAUCGACCCCAUCGUUGCGACUGCCAGUGGACACCAGAAGCCCAUCCUCCAUGGAAUGGCCACUCUUGGUUUCUCUGCCAGACAUGUGUUGGCUAAGUAUGGAGGCAAUGAGCCCAGCAACUUCAAGGCUCUGAAGGCUCGCUUCGUGAAGCCAGUGCUCCCAGGCCAGACCCUCGUCACCGAGAUGUGGCUCGAAGGCAAACGCGUCCACUUCCAGACCAAGACCAAGGAAACUGGCAACAUUGUCAUCGCUGGAGCGUACGUCGACUUCAAGAACAUUGUAUCCAGCCAGGGUGCGUCAAGCUCUGCCGCCGCUCCGGCCGCAGCGCCAUCUAGUGGUGCUUUGAAGUCUGACGGUCUCUUCCACAAGAUCAAGGAAGAGGUCGGCAAGAACAAGGACUUGGCCAAGAGCAUCAAUGGCGUCUUCUUGUACAAUAUCACCGAGAAUGGAAAGACUGCUAAGAGUUGGACUUUGGACUUGAAGGUUCCUGAAGUAUAUGAAGGCCAACCAAAGAGCGGCAAGGCUGACACAACCAUGACCCUUUCCGACAGUGAUAUGGUAGACCUAGCUGCGGGCACCCUCAACCCACAGGUCGCCUAUAUGAAGGGCAAACUCAAGAUUGCAGGCAAUUUGAUGCUCGCGCAGAAACUUGGACCCCUACUGAAAUCCCCUGCCAAGAUCUAA